AUUCGACCGACGCAUCUCUCCGAUUUCAAUUUCGAUCUCUAGAUCUGCGGCCUCUCCUCGGAAAAUCUCAGCAAAAGGGUGAGAAUGGCGGGAAGGACGCCUGGGCUGAUCGCGUUGUUCGACGUCGAUGGGACCCUCACCGUCCCGAGAAAUGUUGUGAGCCAGAAAAUGUUGGAGUUCAUGAAAGAACUCCGGAAGGUUAUAACAGUGGGUGUAGUUGGAGGAUCUGAUCUUGCAAAGAUCUCGGAACAGCUGGGGAAGUCAGUCAUCACUGACUAUGAUUAUGUAUUUGCGGAAAAUGGUCUUGUUGCUUACAAGAAUGGUAAACUCAUCGGCACACAGAGCUUGAAAUCAUUCCUUGGAGACGACAAACUCAAGGAAUUAAUUAACUUUACUCUUCAUUAUAUUGCUGACCUGGAUAUCGCAAUAAAAAGGGGGACAUUCAUUGAGUUCCGCAGCGGAAUGCUAAAUGUUUCACCAAUAGGGCGGAACUGUAGUCAAGAGGAGAGGGAUGAGUUUGAAAAGUAUGACAAGGUUCAUAACGUGAGGGCAAAGAUGGUCUCUGUGCUACGUGAAAAGUUUGCACAUUUGAAUCUAACAUUUUCCAUUGGAGGACAGAUUAGUUUUGAUGUGUUUCCACAAGGCUGGGACAAGACCUACUGUUUGAGGUACCUUGAUGACUUCCAGGAGAUCCAUUUCUUUGGGGACAAAACCUACAAGGGAGGGAAUGACCAUGAGAUCUUUGAAUCUGAACAAACAGUGGGCCAUACAGUAACAAGCCCAGAGGACACAGCAGAACAAUGCAAAUCUCUCUUCUUGCCCAAAUAAACUGGAGGUGAUUAAAAUUGUACCAAUAUUAAUGGCAUAUUAUUCAUCUUUCCAACUGAUGAAGACGGGAGAAGAAAAAAUUUAUACAUUGCAGUAGCAUUUACAAGUGUUAAUUUUGUUCAUUUAUCCAUCUGUAAGCUGAAUAUUUACGUAUUUAUUAGAAAUAAAAGACUGGAGGUAUUUGUUCAUGGCUA